AUGGCUGAUUUCGGCGCCUUCCCACCGAAUAUGAUGCCCCAAAAUGCUAUGAUAAUCAGGCAGCAGGCGAGUGAAGACCAUGCUGUCGUACCUUACACGGCUGACAAUCUAUCACGAGCAUUACAAGGGCCUGCCAAUCCAUUCAAGGACGACACAUCCAAUUCAAAACGCAAAAACGUUCUCACGGGAUAUGCGGAGGAGACUUUUAUCAGCGAGUACAUCUUCCGGAGUAAGCUCAGGGAGAUGGAGCGAGGACCUGACCGCGAAUAUAAAGGAGGCGCAGCAGAUAAAGAGGAAAGCGCAAAAAUUCGAAGUAAGCGCCAGAAGAAGGGUGAUGCUACUGUUGCUGAGGGGGAUAGCGCAUAUGUCGGACCAUGGGCGAAGUACGAUACGACACAAUACGAGGAUGUAAGAGAUGGAGAUGAUCAAAAUAGUGAUGAAGAGUACGAAGAAGUUUCGCAAGACGAAUAUGUCGAAAGUGGAACGGUUGUGCCAGCGCUUCCAGAAGCCCUUGCGAAGCGUAAAGAGGUGGAGGAGUUAGGCGACGAGACUAGUGUUUUUGAGGGCAGUCAGCUACACGACUAUCAAGGCCGGACCUAUAUGCACGUGCCGCAGGAUCUUGAUAUUGAUUUGCGAAGUGAACGAAUCUUUGGUGAGUUCAAGAAUUAUGUGCCCAAAAAAAUGAUACAUCAGUGGAAGGGCCAUACCAAGCCCAUAUGUGGACUCCGGCUAUUUCCUGACAGUGGACACCUUCUCUUGAGUGGAAGUGCCGAUACGACUGUAAAAAUCUGGGACAUCUAUCACGAUCGGGAACUUCUGCGAACCUAUAAAGGCCACAACAAGGCACUAUCAGAUAUCACUUUUAACGCGUCUGGUCGACAAUUUCUCUCAGCUUCGUACGAUCGUAUGAUCAAGCUAUGGGAUACCGAAACUGGCCAAUGUACGAACCGUUUUACCACGGGAAAAACCCCGCACGUUAUCAAAUUCAAUCCUUCGCUUGAGCACAGCCAUGAGUUUCUUGUUGGACUUUCAGACAAAAAAAUCAUCCAGUUUGACACUCGUAAUGGCAACAUUGUACAAGAAUAUGACCAUCAUCUUGCGGCUAUAAAUACUAUAACCUUUGUCGAUGAAAAUCGCCGUUUUAUGACUACUUCGGAUGACAAAAGUCUACGAGCCUGGGAUUAUAAUAUUCCUGUUCCUAUCAAAUACAUUGCAGAGCCUCACAUGUAUCCUCUAACCCGAGCAUCUCUUCAUCCUAGCGGAAAAUAUGUCGCCUACCAGUCGUCAGAUAAUAAUAUUUUUGUGUACGGUGCAAACGAUAAGUUUCGACAGAAUAGAAGGAAAGCGUUCAAAGGCCAUAAUACAAGCGGUUACGCAGUGGAUGUGGCUUGUAGUCCUGAUGGGCAAUUUGUGGCCUCUGGAGACUCUGGUGGGUACGUUUGUUUUUGGGACUGGAAAACGGGUAAGAUGUGGCACAAGCUUCAGGCUGCUGAAGGUGCAGUAACCUGCGUGGCCUGGCAUCCUCGAGAAAGCAGUAGAGUUGUCACAGCCGGAUUAGAGGGUACAAUUAAGUAUUGGGAUUAA